UGUAGGUGUUUCCCCUUUUCUUAGGGUUUCCUCAUCGUACACGAGCCGGCCUAAAGGUGGAGACAUUCUGCCUUGUUUAGUGACAGAAAUACACCCUGUGCUACAUUCUGCAUGAACACACCUCCAACUGAAAACAGUAAACUGAAACUGUUUUCUCCAUUUGUCUCUGAAAUUCUUUGAAAUAAAGAUGAACACCAAAAACAGUGUUAUAGUCUUAUUCCUCUGUUUCCUGGCUCUGUUUACUUUAACAGACUGUAGCAAAUGUCAGAAAAAUAUAUUAGAAGGGGACAGUCUCACCUUUAAACUGACUGACAGGCCGCUUAAGGAUGAUGAUCUAUUCAUUAUAAAAAAAGACAAUAAAGUGGUAGUCCGCAAAAAGAAUAACAAACAAGAGGGACCAGGGAUCGUGAAAAAUGAUUCCCUGGAGCUCCAACAUGUGAAACUGAGUGAUUCUGGAACAUACAAUGUUGAGGUAUUUGAUGUGACUGGCACCAACGUAAAAUCAUACACAGAAAUCGUCUGCGUUUAUGCAAAAGUCCCAAAGCCAAGAGUGAAUAUUACAUGUCAGGAUGAGAAAGUUGACUUCAGAUGUGAUGUUGAAGUUGACAAAGAUCAAAGAUCAGCUAUAUCUUACAGCUGGCACAAAAAUGGGAAAGAAUUCAAGACGAACGUAUUAAACUUUUCAAUAAAUGCAGAGGAGGAUAAAUCAGAGUAUACAUGUACUGCCCAGAAUCCAGUUCAUAAAAGCACAAGUGAUCCAGUAGAAGCAGCAUGUUUCAAGCGUACACUCCUUGGCCUUGACUUUUGGUUCAUGGUGGGCAUCUUAGCAGGUGCAGGAGGUCUCGUACUGUUAUUGAUAAUAAUACUGGUGACUGUUGCCUGUCGUUCCUGUAAAUUCAGAGAGAAACAACAACAAGAUGAAGAAGAGUUGAGACUGAAAUACUUCAACAUCUCUCCAACUUCUGGUCAACAAAAAUCAAAACAAACAGAAAGACAACAACUGACACUUCUAGAAACCUGUGAUAAUGUUUCUCCCCAGGAGGUAGCUCAAGUUCCAUGUCAGACCGAAUAUAGACCCAGGAAGCCGAAACGCACUUGGCCUCCACCACCUCCAAUUGAUGAUGAAGAGGAACAAAUUCCACCAUUACCCAAACCGAGGAGAAAUGCACCUGUCAAAAAGUGUGAAGGACCCCAUUUUCUAAAUCUGUCACUAGAAGUUUUUGAAAGAACGAUGAACACCAACGGCAGUGUUAUAGUCUUAUUCCUCAGUUUCCUGACUCUAUUUACCUUAACAGACUGUGACUCAUGCCAGAAAAAUAUAUUAGAAGGGGAGAGUCUCACCUUUAAACUGACUGACAGGCCGCUUAAGGAUGAUGAUCGAUUCACUAUAAAAAAAGACAAUAAAGUGGUAGUCCGCAAAAGGAAUAGGAAACAAGAGGGACCAGGGAUCGUGAAAAAUGAUUCCCUGGAGCUCCAACAUGUGAACCUGAGCAAUUCUGGGACAUACGGUGUUGAGGUAUUUGAUGUGAAUGGCACCAACGUAAAAUCAUACUCAGAAAUCGUCUGUGUUUAUGCAAAAGUCCCAAAGCCAAGAGUGAAUAUUACAUGUCAGGAUGAGAAGAUUGACUUCAGAUGUGAUGUUGAAGGUGACGAAGAUCAAAGAUCAGCUAUAUCUUACAGCUGGCACAAAAAUGGGAAAGAAUUCAAGAAGAACGUAUUAAACUUCUCAAUAAAUGCAGAGGAGGAUAAAUCAGAGUAUACAUGUACUGCCCAGAAUCCAGUUCAUAAAAAUACAAGUGAUCCAGUGCAAGCAGCAUGUUUGAAGCCCACUACACUAUUUUGCUUUGAGUUUUGGUUCAUGGUGGGAAUCUUAGCCGGUGGAGGAGGUUUCAUACUGUUAUUGAUGAUUGCGCUGGUGACUGUUGCCUGCUGUGCCUGUAAACGCAAAGAGAAACAGCAGCAUGCGUUGUACAGUCUGAUCAACUUCCAUACCUCUCCACCUCCAUGUUGUCAAAAAUCAAAUCAACCCACAAGAGGGCCGCUUCCACCAUUACCCGAACCCAAGGAGAAAGGCACAGAUUAAAAGGCAUGAAGGAC